CGUGUUUCUCGCGGCCACAGUGACCUGGGCGCCGGUGCUGUGUUUGUCUGUGUGAAACUGGCAUUCGCUCUCCGCUCUCCAUCUGGAUGUCAUUAUGCCUGCGAGUAUAAAACAGCCGACUGACGCGCUCGCCUGCAGUGCCUGGCCAUGGAAGGGGCUGUUCUGGUGUGGUUGCUCUGCCUGCAGGGCAGCCUGCUCGUGAAUACCCUCAACUGUGCGGACAAAGGGACAUGGGGACAGACGGAGGAGUAUAGGAGGGAGUGUGUGGGUGGUGAUGCCACCAGAGCACUGCCAGCUGAACUCACGGAACGAAAGUCACCGGCACCACCUGGAGCACUUUGGGAGCCUGGUCUUGCACAGCUGGCGAAAAGGGUGAGACGACAGACAGACCCUAAAAAGAGGAGGAGGCCACCCGGAACCUUCUCUGUCCUCGGAAUCACAUUUGGUUCAGAGCCGACAGAGAAACCACCACCCUCCAGGUCAAAGAGACAGUUGGAGAGAGAAAGGGACCGGCCCAAAAAACUCCACUACCCAGGCAGCACAUCUGUAACAGGACAGCCGAUGCGUCUAAUGCUGACGGAGAGAUCGCCGAGGCAGCUGCCAGCCAUGAAGACGAAGCCCAGACGCAAGCCCCGCGUCGGCUCCUUCUCUCUCCUGAGCCACAAACAGCCCAAAUCCCUGCAGGUUACAAGAGUGAGGAGACAACUUCAAAAUGACAAGAUGAAGAAGAAGAAGAAGAAGAAUAAAAGGCCAGGGCAGUAUUCUCCCUUGGGUGACAGUCGUCCUCCAUUGGAGGUUACAAGAGUGAGGAGACAACUUCAAAAUGACAAGAUGAAGAAGAAGAAGAAGAAGGAUAAGUGGCCAGGGCAGUAUUCUCCCUUGGGUGACAGUCUUCCUCCAUUGGAGGUUACAAGAGUGAGGAGACAACUUCAAAAUGACAAGACGAAGAGGAAGAAGAAUAAAAGGCCAGGGCAGUAUUCUGCCUUGGGUGGCAGUCUUCCUACAUUGGAGGUUACAAGAGUGAGGAGACAACUUCAAAAUGACAAGACAAAGAAGAAGAAGAAUAAAAGGCCAGGGCUGCAUUCUGCCUUGGGUCGCAUUCGUCCUACAUUGGAGACAGAAAGUCAAGAGAAACUUACAACCAAAGAAGAAAAACUUGAAGAAAAUUGUUUGUUCUUGAAUGCACCAUAAACCUUUCCGAGGAAUAUGGCAAUGGAAGGAGGCAUAUGAGACAAUGUUUCAUGAGCUUUGCAACUUACAAAGUUAAAAACAUGCCUGUGCCACACAUAUUCAACAUUUAUUAUGUAUGUACACAAGAAGAAAAUACAGUAUCAGCAGAAAUUUAGUACAUUUGUAAUUACUUCAAUCAAAAGCUUGUCACAAUUAAUAUGUAAUUACUCAUUGCCAGUAACACUCAUAUACCUAUAUUGUCUCAUAAACUUUCAUAUUCUGAGUCUUUCACAAUCAAUGGGAUAUAAUAUUAUCGUGUUUGUAAUAAGCCUUUCUUUUUAAGAAGCACACUAACUUAAAAUAACUAUGUAUUAAAUAUUCUGCAUAUUUCA